ACAGGUGACUGGUAGAAGUGGGAAACCUGUUUCUGACCAUGUCGAGAAGAAGGCUGGAGAAUAAAAGCCUUUCUGGCUUGUUAGCCACGUCUCUGCACACACAGAUCAAGACAGACAAUUUCCACAAUUUUUAUAUGCUUGAAUCGAAAGAGCUGGGAAGAGGAAGAUGUGCUGUGGUUAGAAAAUGUAUAGCUAAAUCCACAGGCCAAGAGUAUGCAGCUAAAUUUUUAAAGAAAAGAAGGAGAGGUCAAGACUGCAAAGCAGAGAUUCUUCAUGAAAUUGCUGUCCUUGAAUUAAUGAAAUCUAAUCCUCGUAUAGUUAAUCUCCAUGAAGUCUAUGAAACAGCAAAUGAAAUCAUCUUAGUGUUGGAAUAUGCUGCUGGAGGAGAAAUAUUUGACUUGUGUGUCCCAGAUCUGGAUGACAGAAUUGGGGAAAGGGAUAUUGUAAGACUCAUAAGACAGAUACUUGAAGGACUUCGCUGCUUGCAUGAAAACAACAUUGUUCAUCUUGAUUUAAAGCCUCAAAAUAUUUUGCUGAGCAGUGUCAAUCCUCUUGGUGAUGUAAAAAUAGUAGAUUUUGGUAUGUCUCGGAAGCUUGAGAAUUCUGGUGAACUACGGCAGAUCAUGGGAACAACAGAGUAUCUAGCUCCAGAAAUCUUAAACUACGAUCCCAUUACCACAGCUACAGAUAUGUGGAACAUAGGUGUAAUCUCAUACAUGCUGCUGACACAAGAAUCUCCAUUUGUUGGAGCUGAUAAUCAAGAAACUUACCUUAAUAUAUCUCAAGUUAACGUGGAUUAUUCAGAAGAAACAUUUUCAUCAGUUUCACAGCCUGCCAAAGACUUCAUUCAAAAACUUCUCAUAAAAAAUCCAGAGCAAAGACCCACAGCAGAGGCCUGUCUUUCUCAUCUGUGGUUGCAGCAAGGGGAGUUCACACUCUUGUGUAGCCCUGAAGAAACUUGCUGCUCUUCUCUGAUGCCAGGACACACCACAAAAUGUUCAGAAGAGCGGAAUGUAAAAUCUAGUUGUAAUGGUACCUGUAGCAACAAGGAAGACAAAGAAAACAUACCAGAGGACAGCAGUAUGGUCUCCAAACGCUUCCGUUUUGAUGAUUCACUGCAGUAUCCCCAAGACUUCAUGACAGACUUCAUAUGUUAAUGUGUAAUAUAGACUGUUAUAAAAUGAAUUCAGCAUAAUCUGUUCCAGUGGCAAAUAUAAGAUUAUGGCUUGCCAAUUCGUGCAGCAUUGGCAUACUAGAAAUGC